GUUUUAAUCAUGACCGUUAAUUUUUGAUCAUAUGGCCCAAACCAUUCCUGCGUUAACGCAGUUACAGCGUGCAUCCAAUUCCAACAUCCUUCAAGAAAACAAACAAACUCAAUGAUAUAUACCAAUCGAAAGUAAGUCAUCUAUCAAUCGAAAUCACCGGAUCACGUCUUAACCGACUGAACAUCACCUUACAUCAUCAUCAUCAUCUCUCUCACACACACAAACAAAAACAUGGCGAAACGUUUCUUCCAUACUCUCCAACAACAUGUUCGACGUUAUUACCCAAAGAACAAAACAACACAUUUUCAUUACAGAACUUCACAAACGAAUAAUCGUUCUUUUUCUUCUUCUUCUUCUUGUUCUAACAACUCUAAGAAACUUGGGUUUGUGGGUUGGUAUUUGCGUAAGCUUGAAACUUACCCUGUUCUUACUAAGUGUAUAACUUCCUCGCUUAUUUUUACUGCUGCUGAUCUUACUUCACAGAUGAUUACAUUACCCUCUUCUGCUUCGUAUGAUUUAAAAAGGACAUCCCGUAUGACAAUAUAUGGGCUGCUAAUCUUGGGACCAUCACAGCAUAAGUAUUUUAAUUUUCUAUCCAAAAUUUUACCUAACAGAGAUGUGGCAACAACCUUGAAGAAAAUUUUAAUGGGACAAGCUUUAUUUGGACCUGUCAUCAAUACUGUUUUCUUCUCCUACAUUGGUGCUUUACAAGGUGAAAGUGGGCCUGAAAUUGUUGCCAGGCUGAAGCGAGAUCUACUUCCUACAUUAAUAGGCGGUGCUAUGUUUUGGCCUGUAUGUGAUUUUGUCACCUUCAAAUUCGUUCCAGUCCAUUUGCAGCCACUGAUGAAUAGUUCCUGCGCAUAUGUGUGGACCAUUUAUUUAACUUACAUGGCGAACCGAACAAACUUGACCGAAGCUUAGAUUUUUGUUUGAAUACAAGUAUUUAGUGUUCUAAAGCAAUCUUUUAUAGCUUAGCAUUAUUUGGCUGCAAGGAUAUGUAACUAGGUAUAAAAAUCAUGGUAAUGGCAAGUUUAUAGAUUUUGUAUCAAUUUGGUAUUCAAUUUUGUUUUGUA